CGGAAUGAUGAUGUCAUACACGCGCGCCGGUUUCCGUGCAGCCAGACGCCAUCCCACGCUGCAGCCGCCGCAGUUCUUCUCAUCAGAGUGUUGGAAAUGUGGCUUCAUUUGCUGUCUGCUGCAGCCACACUCUUUGUGUCUCUGGCCAACGUCGAUCUCAGCCUUUUGUCAAACUAUAAGAUUUGUGGCCAUGCUGGAUGUGAGAGUCCGAUGAGCAGGGUCCAGGCCAUCAGGGACCACCGUGGGCUCGACUGCCACUUCCUGACCUUCAGACGUGGAGAGAAUAUCUUUGUUUACCACAAACUGACCGGGCAGAGGUCUGACCUCUGGGCAGGAAGCAUUGACAAACAGUUUGGAUAUUUCCCAAAGGAUUCAGUGAAAGUCGAGGAGGUCUAUGCAGUGAUGGAGAAAACUGUGCAAACGCAGAAAUCGGAUUUCUUUUGUACAGAUGAGGCAGGCUAUCCCACUGACUCCCCUCAUUUGGACACUGAUGAUGUUCAGGAAAUCCAGGAGUCACAAACCACCAGAACCAGCUCAGUCUCUGAUGACAAAAACGCUGGAAGACGUUCAGCUCCUGCACAAUCUCCAGUUUCACGACAGGAAGCCGAUGGUCCUGCUGUCAGGCCUCCUGAUGAAGAACAACCUGCAGCUGUCAAAGAACAAGAACUUGGAGACAAUCAGAGGAAGACCUCUGAAGAACCUUCUGAAGGUCUGGAUAUUGAAGGGAUGAACAACGACAAGGACGGUCAAUGGGAUGGAGACACAAGGACUGAAAGUGAGAAAGGAGGAGCUGGAUCCAGACAAGAUAUGAUGAAGCAGGCUGGCGGUGAGGUCGGUAAACAUUCAGCUGCAGUGAUGGAACUCCUCCAGGUUGUGUCGUCCCUGCCUGAAGACAUUAGACCUGGACCUGACCUGUACGGGUUGCCAUGGGAACCAGUUAUCUUCUCCAGUGUGGUGGGACUGGUAACCGUGCUCCUGUUCAGCUGUAGAUGUUACCGCUCUGUCAAAAGCAGGCUUUACCGACGUAAAGAGCAUCAGAUGGCUGAACAGGUUUCUCAGCUGCUAGAAGAGAAAUGUGAAGUCCUGCAAACUCUGAGCCAAAUUCAACAAGAGUUUGAAGACCUGGAGUGCUCGCUGAAAAAUAAAGGCAUCUUGGCCCAGAUGGAGAAGACUGAACAUCUGGAAGCCAAAGCCAGACAGAUAGAAUGUUCCAAUAGAGAGCUGGAGCGGGAUAGUGACAGUCUGAAGGACCAGCUAGACCAGCACAGAGAGCACCAGACAGAACAAGAAAAACGGACAGCAGAUCUUGAGGAAAUGAUAAAAACAUUAGAAGAAGAAACCAAUGACUUCCAGUCACAGUAUGAGCAGGCUCAAACCAGUUUGAAGGUGUACAGUAUGAACAGCGAGAGACUGCAGAACAACCUGGAAAUGGCUGUAGAGGAAAACAAUGUUCUGCAGCAGAGCAACACACAGUUGCAUCAGCAGGUGGAGGGCUGGGCAGAGCGAGUGAGCGAGUUGGAGGAGGAGAUGAGGAGGUGUGAAGUCAACCAUAGUAGGAUGCUGCAGGAUGCGGCUAACAAGGACGAGCAUAUCGUGUCUUUGACAGACCGACUGCUGAGGAUGAAAGCCUGGGUGUCAGACAUUGAAGAUAAGGAGUUUGAGGAAGGAGCAGCGGAGGAGGCUCCCAGUGGGAGGGGAAGAGCAGGAACGGGGACUCACCAGCCAAGAGUCCAGAAACUGAUCUAUGCUGCUAAACUGAAUGCAGAUCUGAAGUCAGUGGACGAGGACAAAGACAGAGUGUUUGCCCGACUGAACGAUGAAGUCAGAGCUGCCGAAGAUCUACAAGAGAGCACCGAGCAGCUGAGGAAUGAGCAGAUCAUUCUUCAGACGGACACCGAACGUUACUCUGAUCAGGUCCAGAGGCUCCAGCAGAAGCUGCAGAUAAUGACGGAGAUGUACCAGGAGAACGAGCUGAAGCUUCACAGGCUGCUGACUGUGGAGGAGAAAGAACGCCUGCAGAAGGAGGAGAAGUUGAGCAAAGCGGACAGAAAUAUUACGCUGGCCAUGGAGGAACUCAACAAUUACAGGCAGCGUGCGGAGGAAAUGGAGGAGGAACUGGAGAAAACCAAACAGUCGUAUCAAACACAGAUCUCUGCUCACGAGAGGAAGGCUCACAAUAACUGGCUGGCAGCUCGAGCUGCAGACAGAGAGCUCACAGACAUCAGGAGGGAGCACGCCCUUCUCAGGCAGAAGCUGACGGACACACAGUUUAAACUGGACGCCCUCGACAAAGAUCCGUACGCCCUGAACAGCCUCGCCCGACCGCUGCCUUUCCGAGGUGAAAGGUCGCCAUUUGGCCCCUCUCCUCUGGGCCGACCCUCCUCUGAAACCAGACAGUUUCCGUCUCCUCCCACUCUGAUGGACGGACCACCUUCUCAACUCCCAAGAGUGCUGCGUGGUGGUCCAGUGGAGCCCCGUGAAGGCCAAGGUGAGAUGGAGCGUAGUGGCGGUGCUCACUCAGACAGUGGCUCCAACUCUCCUACGUGGGACAGAGAUCGAAGGGGUCCCCCACCGGGAUCCUUUGGACCCCCACCGGGAUCCUUUGGACCCCCUCCGGGACCUGUAGGACCUCCUGGGCCUCCAGGCUACAUGUUUCCAGAAGCAGGAGGUCCCAUUUACAGACGACCAGCUCCUCCUCCAGGACCAAUGGGUCCUCUGCCUCCCCUCGUCCCACUCCAUACCUUUGUUCUCCCACCAGUCAGGGCCAUGGGACCUCUGCACCCUGCAGACUUAGCAGUCUCUGCAGAUGGUCCCUUCCGAGAGAACAGCCUCAGACCUGCUGAUCUGGAUCACAGAGAGCCUAGUCUGACUGAUCGGCAGACCCCUCCUGAACCCGAUCAACGGCCCUUGGCAAGACCUCCGUUUGGAUCCAUGAUGGGCCCUGUAGAAGGUCCCUUCCCUCGUAGAGCCCCAUAUGAACCUCUGCCUCCUGAUUUUUACCCUUCAAGAGGACCUGGGGGACCUCCCAUGAUGCCUGGGUUGAUGUUUCCUCGUUAUCCUGCCUUUGGGCCGCCUCCUCCCUCCUACGGGCCCCCGAUACAACUCGACGGCUUCUUGCCCCCUCCUGGGGCUCCUCUCUCUCUUGUAACACCCCCCAACUCCCUAAACGAGGACAAGCCAUCGCCCCAGGAUGCACCUCGGUGCUUGUAGUCGACUUGAGAGAGCGGGUAACUUUAAUGAGGCUGCAGGUGCAUUAUGGGAAAGCUGCUGCGUUCCUCAGUAUUUUCUGCCACUUGUAUUUAUUACAAGGAGAAAAUGUCCAUGUGACAUUCUUCUGUUCAUUCUCUACAUCACCCCUUAAAGGUCACAGUAGGAACUAUCUUUCAGAGAUUUUUGUUUAAGAUUACUGCAAAAUAAAUGGUCAUUUUUAGCAAACUUAUUGGUUUACAGACAGAAAAGGUUGAAGCCAAGACUUCUUUACUCUAGCACGUUGGAAUAUUUUGGAGCCGCUCCACUUUUCAGUUUAUCAGCAGAGUUUGAUAAUCAACAAAACAUCAAUCAUUUAGUAUCUCCUUUAACCAUUCCUUAAGGCCCCAUGUUCAUAUCCCCCCCAUACUUUUUUUUAUUUUAUUUUGAGACAUUUUGCAGAUUAAUCUAAAUGAAUCCUCUGUAGUUUCAGCUUUAAAGCUGAAAAUCUUUUGGACUUAAACACAAGCUGUAAAAACGUAAUUCACUUUUUUGUUUAUCUUUUUUAGCUCUUUGAUAAUCAAUCGAUGGAAGUGAUUAAUAUGUGGAAUUAUUUUCUUUCAGCGAUGUACAAACCGUGUUGAACUCUUCAUGGCUGCUGUGAAUUCUUGUAAAUUCAGUGAUUAAUAAAGUUGUUGUUCGGUC